UCAAUGGUCCACCGAGAGAGUUGCUCUGAUAACCGGCCAAAUACUCGGAAUGGAUCUUGUAGACUUUUUCGUUCCCAACACCUUUCAGACUGGAGGAAAGGGGGCGGGGAUGAGGAGGGAAGGCAUUUUCAGCCCCGAGAGUGUUUCAUUGUGUGCGCGUGUGUGUGUGUGUGUGUGUGUGUUUUUGUGUGAGUCAAAAGUGUGCGUAGGUCUGCAGCUCGGCUAUGUUUUAUGGGAAAGUCAGUUUCCCACCAUUGUGUCCUCAGCGGUUGCCAGACACUGACGGGGUGUGUGUGUGUGUGUGCGUGUGCGUGUGCGUGUGCACACACAGAACAGACGCUGCUGGUUUCAGAGAGCAGCACAGGAAGAGGCAGAGUUCAGAUUGUGUUGGAGCCUCUGAGGGUGAAGGCUAAGCAGCUCUGUCCGGGCCGUGCUUUCUGGACUGUUUUGUUAUUUUUCCCCUCCUGUGGUUUUGGAGUGUUAACGUCCUGCUUUUUGAUUUUGAGCUUGGCGGUUCCCGGCGUGGCCUUGCCGGUGGUGAGCUACAGGGCUGCAUGCCAUGGGCUGUGUCUUCUCCCUGCCAGAGGACAGGAGAGAUGCUGCUGAGAGAGCACCCACAACAAGAGAGACCAGUUUCAUCGAGAAAAUGAAGAAAACAGGCAAGAACAUCAUCGUGUUCUACGGCUCCCAGACGGGCACAGGGGAGGAGUUCGCUAACAGACUGUCCAAAGACGCUCAGCGCUACGGCAUGAAAGGAAUGGCUGCCGAUCCAGAGGAGUAUGAAAUGGGGGAGCUGUCCCGUCUGUCUGAAAUUAAAAACGCCCUCGCCAUAUUUUGCAUGGCCACCUAUGGUGAAGGAGACCCAACCGAUAACGCCCAGGACUUCUAUGACUGGCUGCAGGAAAACGAUGACGAAGAUCUCUCCGGACUAACCUACACAGUAUUUGCUUUGGGCAACAAGACGUAUGAACACUACAACGCAAUGGGAAAAUACGUUGACAAGAGGCUGGAGGAACUCGGGGCUAAGCGCAUCUUUGACCUCGGGUUAGGAGACGAUGAUGGCAAUCUGGAAGAGGACUUCGUUUCAUGGAGAGAGCAGUUCUGGCCGGCCGUCUGUGAACACUUUGGAGUUGAAGCCUUAGGAGAUGAUUCAAGCAUUCGGCAGUACGAGCUGAAGGAGCACACCGACCUCAACAUGAACAAAGUGUACUCGGGAGAGAUCGGUCGCCUGAAGAGUUUUGAGGUCCAAAAGCCGCCCUAUGAUUCUAAAAACCCGUUCCUGGCCCCAGUAACGGUCAACCGCAGACUCCACAAAGCCGGCAAUAGACAUCUUAUGCACCUGGAACUAGACAUAACGGGCUCCAAGAUCAGAUAUGAGGCGGGAGACCAUGUUGCCGUUUUCCCCACAAAUGACUCUGCAUUGGUGAACAAGCUGGGACAAGUCCUUGGAGUGGACCUUGAUGCAGUUAUCUCUCUUAACAACCUUGAUGAGGAGUCCAACAAGAAGCACCCUUUCCCGUGCCCCACCUCCUACCGCACAGCCCUCACUCACUACCUGGACAUCACAAACUCCCCUCGCACCAACGUCCUCUACGAGCUGGCACAGUACGCCUCCGACCCCAAAGACCAGGAGAACAUGCGCAAGAUGGCCUCUUCCUCACCUGAGGGCAAGGCUCUCUACCAGAAUUGGGUGUUGGCCGCCAGUAGAAACAUCCUAGCUAUCCUGGAGGAUAUGCCUUCUUUAAAGCCUCCCGUUGACCACAUGUGUGAGCUGCUGCCUCGUCUCCAGGCUCGCUAUUAUUCUAUUGCCUCCUCCUCAAAGGUUCACCCCAACAGCAUCCACAUCUGCGCCGUGGUGGUGGAGUACGAGACCCCGACUGGCCGCGUCAACAAGGGAGUUGCCACCAACUGGCUGAAGAACAAACUGGUCACUAACAACAGCCACAAGUCCACCAUUCCCAUGUUCAUCCGCAAGUCUCAGUUCCGCCUGCCCUUCAAGGCCACCAACCCAGUGAUCAUGAUCGGCCCUGGGACAGGAAUCGCUCCCUUCAUGGGCUUCAUCCAAGAGAGAGCCUGGCUCAAACAACAAGGAAAGGAGGUUGGCGAGACGGUGAUGUAUUUCGGCUGCAGACAUAAGAACGAGGAUUAUCUCUACCAGGAGGAGCUGGAGGACGCAGAGAAGAAUGGAGUUCUAACACAGCUCAAUGUGGCCUUCUCCAGAGACCAGGAGCAAAAGGUGUACGUGCAGCAUCUAGUGAAGAGAAAUAAGGAGCACCUCUGGAAGCUGAUUCACUCAGACAACGCUCAUAUCUACGUCUGCGGGGAUGCAAAGAAAAUGGCUCAUGAUGUGCAGGCGGCCCUCUACGAGAUAGGAGAAGAACUGGGAGGCAUGACGCGCACACAGGCCACAGAUUACAUCAAGAAACUGAUGACCAAGGGACGCUACUCGCAAGAUGUCUGGAGUUAAAGAACUUUAGACUCAGCCUCACUACUCAAAGUGGUGCUUUAAAAAAUGUUUUAUUGUGCGUCUUGUUUUAUCAGGACUGAAUAUAUAAACAUUACACAUGUGUUCGCCACCCUGGUUCAUGAGAGCUACAUGUAGCAGAAGAUCAUGAGGCAAACACUACCUCAGCAGCUUUCGUUGGUGAACACACUCUGCAAAUUCAAUCUGUAUUUCGUAAAGGGUACGACAUAAUGUGUGUGUGUGUGCUGCUGUCCUCACUUGAGCCGUGGUCUCACACCCAAUUUUUUAUUAAAUUCAGUUUCUAUAUUAAUGAGUCAAUCAAAGCAGCUUUAUAACUUUGUAAGCAGCUGAUGACCACUCGGAGUGCUACGGGUACUCGCUGCGCCCCCAGCUCUUGGUCUACACAAUAUAAUUCCACUGAGAACAUGAAUAUUUAUAUUUAUGUCGAAAGCUCAUUCAGUUUACCAUCUUGCGAUAUUUGUAACGUUCAUCUAAUUGAUUAACGGAUUAUAGAUGUAACACCACAGCAAAUAACAUCGGAUCAUGCGUGUGUCUAAGUGAAUAUAUGAAGCAUUGUAUGUUUCCUGGUGCAGUGUGAAGGGUGCUGUCUUCAGUUUCUCUCAGAUGAUCUUUUAAUACUUUAGAAUGUCCUUAAAAUACAUUAAAUCUUCUAGAUAAGAUGUAUAAAUUGUAAUCACUAGUAUGCAUUUAUCUUUUGACAAGAGAUUUUGCCUGUUAUGCAUACGUUGCUGUUCAUUUUAUCAGUCAGAGUAACUUUAAGAGGCACAAACAGUGAUGCAAAGGGGAAGAUCAUUUACAGAUUAAAAAACGUGAGAUUAUUUGCUUUUUAUUUCCCAUUAUAGCAGGAAUUUAAUCAUGAUGCAAAUGAAUCUAUGUACCUUGUAAUAUUUGUAAAAUGUUUAAAUAUUGUGCUUUAAACCAGAUCUGUUCUCCCAAA